ACUGGAGGCCACCUAUAGCUAGAUCCGUGCUGGGUAUGCCCUGUGCGCGGUGGAACAUACAGAGAUCCCCGCCUCACGGGGCUGUAGUUAUCGUACAGACAGAUGUCCAUGUAUGUCUCCCCAGCAGGAUGGACGCUGCUCCCACGUGUUUCUGCUCGGAGUCUGACUUUUGCUCGGAUUGUGGCUCAGUGCUGCCCCCUCCUGGCGUUCAGGAUACUGUCACCUGCCUCAACUGCGGUCAUCGUACACAAGUGACAGAGUUCCUGGGGAAAUACAUUCAGAGGUCGAUCGUGUUUAAUAAGCUUGAUACCAUAGCUUUGUCAGAGGAGUCCGAUGAAACGGGAGCUUUAAACGGACCCCUGAUCGAUAGGCGCUGCAGCCGCUGUGGCUGUGAGAAGAUGGUCUAUCACACGAGGCAGAUGCGCUCGGCAGAUGAGGGACAGACAGUGUUUUACACAUGUGUGCAAUGUCGUUUCCAGGAGAAAGAAGAUUCUUGAUGCAGCGAUUUAAUUAAAUUACAAAGUUCCUUUUUUUUUAAUUAUAAUAAAGCAUUAUAUUUUGAUCAAA